AUGGCUCCCGACCUCAACUCUCUUCCCCCUUCUCCUUUCGAGGCCACGGCCGAGGCAGCGGCGGCAGUUUCAGGGACCAGAAAGCCAGCGGGUGUUCCUCCUGUCAUGAACAACAACAACAGCAACCAAAUGCCAAAUAUUCUUUACAUCAUGGCGGAUCAGCUUGCUGCUCCCCAGCUCAAGAUGUACAAUGCUGAAUCUCAGAUCCUCACCCCUAACCUAGAUGCCCUCGCAGCAAAGUCCGUCCAGUUUGACUCGGCCUACUGCCCCUCCCCCCUCUGCGCCCCUUCGCGCAUGAGCAUGGUCUCGGGCCAGCUUCCCAUGAAGAUCAGAGCCUUUGACAACGCCGCCUCCAUUGAGAGCGAUGUCCCCACGUAUGCUCACUACCUGCGCAUACGGGGCUACCACACUGCCCUGGCUGGUAAGAUGCACUUUAUUGGAGACCAGCUGCACGGCUACGAGACCAGGUUGACCAGCGAUAUCUACCCUGGCGACUUUGGCUGGGUCGUCAACUGGGAUGAGCCCGACACGCGGCUCGAGUGGUACCACAAUGCCAGCUCCAUCCUGCAGGCCGGCCACUGCGUCCGCAGCAACCAGCUCGACUACGACGAGGAGGUCAUGUACAAGUCUACGCAAUUUCUGUAUGACCACGUUCGACAGGGCCCCAACUCUCGACCUUUCGCUCUCACGUGCUUCAAGCCAGUCUCCCUGACACAUCCCCAUGACCCUUACACUAUUGAGAAGAAGUACUGGGAUUUGUACGAAGGCGUCGACAUCGCCCUCCCCAAGGUGCAGAUCCCCAAGGGGGACCAGGACCCUCACAGCAAGCGCCUCCUCAAGGUCUGCGACCUUUGGGACCAGAAUUUCACCGAUGAGCAGAUCAAGCGCGCCAAGCGGGCGUACUAUGGCGCUGUCAGCUAUGUCGAUGACUGCAUUGGCCGUCUGCUGUCCACUGUCGAGGCUUGUGGGCUGUCGGACAACACUAUUAUCGUCUUCAGCGGUGACCACGGAGACAUGCUCGGUGAGCGCGGACUCUGGUACAAAAUGUCGUACUUUGAGUCAUCGGUGCGCGUGCCCAUGCUGAUCCACCACCCCAAGCAAUUCCAACCGCAUCGCGUUUCGCAGAACGUCUCUACUCUGGACAUUCUGCCCACCCUCUGCGAUCUGGCGGGUACCAAACCCAUGCCAGGGCUUCCCCUCGAUGGGUUCUCUCUGCUGCCUCACCUGAAGGGCGAAGAGGGCCACGAUACAGUCAUUGCCGAGUACACGGGCGAAGGCACUGUCAGUCCUAUGAUGAUGAUACGUCGUGGCCCCUGGAAGUACAUUAUCUGCCCUGCCGAUGGCUCGCAGCUCUACAACCUUGACAACGACCCCGACGAGCUUGUCGACCUCGUCAAGGUGCUUCAAAAGAAGCAGGCACUCUCUGUGGAAGACGAGGAGACCCAGGCCAUCUUCCACGCCUUCGAGGAAGAGGCUCACGCUCGCUGGGACUUUGAUGCCAUCACACAAGAGGUCCUGAUCUCGCAGCGCAAGAGGCGGUUGGUAUGGUCUGCUUUGACGCAGGGCAAGUUCACCAGCUGGGACUACAACCCCAUUGACGACGGUCGCGAGAAGUACAUCCGCUCACACAUGGACCUCGACGACCUGGAGCGCAUGGCUCGCUACCCUCCUGUCGACACGUAUGGCAAUCCUACCAAGACGGUCACUGUCGACCAAGCAGGAUCGCACGGAGAGUAA